UCAAUUUUUAUGCUCUUAUCUAUGCCGUUUCCCUUCUUAAAAACCUAGUUGUAAACCAAAUCUUGAUGAAGUUGGAUCCAAAGAGUUUUUUCCUUCCCCAUCUUCUUGGAUGAGCCCACUGACCAGCUUCACCUGAAGAGCCUUCACUCCGGAAUGGUGCCAACUUUUUCUUUCAGCAAUAGUGAACUUUUAAAGACAUGGGAAAAGUUAACUGCUAUCAGCGGAUCCUGUGAAUUGGAUGUGUUUGCUGAGAUGCAGACACUCAAUGAAAUCAAAACCUCAAAGAUGCUGUUCGGGAAAGAUCAAAAAAAAGGAAAGCGACUGUUCCACAUCCAGAAAGAGCAAGCUAAAAGGGGAUUCCAAGAUCUUUGGAAAAUGCGGUUGCCUGGAUUCAGAUUCAUCCCGACAGAGGGAAGCCUUAGGAUGAAGAAGCCCAACCAAGAAGCGACGAUCAUCCUGCAAGACAUCAUAAGGAAGAGGAUCGAGGAGAUGAAUACUGAAGAUGCCAGGAAUGAUGAUGUGUUGACACUGCUAUUGGAAGCAUACAUGAUUGACAAUGAUCCAAACGAACCAGAGAGCUUCAAGAAGGUUGGGAUAUCAAUGGAUGCAAGGUGUAUUAAAAUCCUGAAUCUAAUGGAGUGUCAAGCUAGACAAGAAAAAACAGGGGCAAGAUUUACGUGGUUCGGCUUGAAUGCCUACAUCCACGGGAGAAACCACCAAUUUUUUUAUUUCUGUUACAUGCUACGGCUAAAGAGCUAAGAGAGGAAACAACGAGAGGAAGGAAAGAAGACAACGUUCAUUUCUUCAACGUUCCUUUCUUCAACGUUCUUUUAGGAGUUGUCUUUCCGUAACAAAAUAAGGCAACUCAUGAGGUGAUUUUCUCCAAUUUGUAACAAUCUCCCCCUCAAGUUGGUGCACAGAUGUCAAUCUAUCCCAACUUGUUUGAAAUGUAUUAGUGUUUGUUUCGUCCAAGGGUCUUCGUCAAAAUAUCUGGAAGUUGAUUGUCACUGUUAACAUAUGGAGUUUCUAUAGUCCCGUCUUGAAUUUUUUUCCUGAUAAAGUGACAGUCAACUUGUAUAUGCUUUGUCCUCUCAUGAAAAGCUGGAUUUGCUCCAAUAUGAAUUGCUGCCAUG